UGCGACCUGGUUUCCCUAAAGGAAUGGCUAGAGAACAUCCCGCAGAAUGUGCUCAUUGGAAGGGUCAUUUGCGAGGCACCCACUCGGCUGCAAGGGAACGAUCUGAAUGAAACGGCCGAGACGGAGCUGUGCCCUUCAAAGAGUGGCAUGGAUUCCAGCCUGGUGGCGCCUCCCACCCAAGACGAGACUCCCGAUCGCGGCCUCCGUCCAACGCCCUAUAAAACGAGUGGGGUGACGGAGUCCCAUAGCUCUGGGGGAGGGCAUAACAGGGGACGUCCGAAAGCCAGGGAGAACUGGCAGCUGAAAACGAAGCCCACAGCGAUGGCGACAGGCAUCAAUGAAAGGGAGCCGCCGGCUAAUUCGACCUGCCCUCAGUCCUGUAGUUGUAAGCUAAUAGGAACUAGACAAGGGCUUGGGGUUAAUUGUGAGGGCAGGAAAAUAGAGAGCAUGGCUAAUCUCAAACCUAGACCCCUGAGUGCGCAUGAGUUAAAUCUGCGCGACAACAACAUUCAUACCGUCAAAAGGAACCAGCUCAGAGGAUACCAUAGCUUGAAUUUGCUUGAUUUUGGGGGGAAUAACAUUAAAAUGAUUGAAAAUGGCACUUUUCACAAUCUGACAGAGUUGAGGUGGCUCUACAUGGACAAGAAUUACUUGGAUACAUUAAUGGCGGAGAUGUUCAUUGGACUUCAGAACUUGGAGUAUCUCAGUUUGGAAUAUAACGACAUCCAGCUCAUAAUGCCCGGCACCUUCAGCCCGAUGCCCAACUUGAGGGUGCUGUUCCUCAACAACAACCUGCUCAAAGCUCUACCCGUGGAUGCAUUCUUGGGGGUGUCUUUGUCUAAAAUAAGCUUGCAUAACAAUUAUUUUACAUAUCUCCCUGUGACAGGUGUCUUAGACCAGCUCAACUCCAUUAUCCAGAUUGAUUUGCAUGGGAACCCCUGGGAUUGCUCAUGCAACAUUGUUCCCUUCAAACAGUGGACAGACAAGCUUGGGGCAGACGUCAUUGUGAGCGAUCUCAAAUGCGAAUCUCCCGAGGAGUUCUGGAAGAGGGAUUUCCGGCGAAUCAGGAACGAUCUGAUGUGCCCUCAACUCUAUGAGAAGAUCUCCCCCACCUCCCUGUCCAAAAACAGCACUUUCCCGGUAGACACAGGGACACGGCCCAACACCUACCUGGAGCCUAGCAGAGUGUCCAUUUCAGUGCUCGUGCCUGGACUGCUCUUGGUUUUCGUGACAUCUGCCUUCACCGUAGUGGGAAUGCUGGUCUUUAUCCUGCGUAAUCGAAAGAAAUCGAAGCGGAGAGACGGCAACUCUUCUGCGUCAGAAAUCAAUUCUUUACAGACAGUAUGCGACUCGUCCUACUGGCACAGCGGAGCUUAUCAUGCAGAUGGGCCACACAGAGGUUACGACUGUGGUUCCCACUCUCUCUCUGACAAAUGAUGAUCACGGAGUCAUGAACGAGCAAACGGAUGUAUUGCGUUUCACAUGUUGCAGUGACAUUGGAGCGUGACACACAAACAUUAGACCUCAGACUCGCCUCUGUGGGAAUAAAAUAGCCUAUUUUUGUUGCUUCAGUUGAGUAUAGUAUCCAUGAAACACUGCAAUGGGGCCCCCACUGUUAUAUAUGUAUAGAACCUCUCUCUCUUUCUUUCUCCUCCCAGCUCAGACUGCAAACACGCUCAAAAGAGGACGUGGGAACGGUGCACGAACGCAUGAAUGUAAUGUAAAUAAUGGACUGUAACAUCUGCACGAUUCGCAUGGUCUCAACACACACUGG